AUGAAGUUAACGCAAUUUUUGCUAAAGAACAGCGCCAUACCUAAACAAGCACUAGUGGAUAGGUUUUCCAAGUUCUCACCUUCGCCGCUGUCAAUGAAACAAUUCAUAGACUUUGGUAAGUUUUCUUCCCUGUCCUGUCAUAAUAACAUAACUAAACAUUACAAUACUGUGCAACAAUGUAGCUAGCGAGCUAAACAUUACAAUAACGUUACUGUGCAACAUUGUAGCUUGCCUAACGUAAAUCCUUAGUCCAUAGCAGCUACGUGCAAAACAUGUGCCACUGGUUGCAUUAUGAAAGUAACUAAGUAACUGACAGCUGUCACUGUUCCCAGAGUACUGCAGUAUGUGCCCUCCCUGAUCAGAGGAACUCUCUGCUGAAGCUUUGAUAAACAUUAUUGUAUUCAAUUUUAUGAUGAUACUGGUGAGUAUGGAUGCAUUCACAACAAUGGUGAUGGUACCCAUUGUAUUGCCACCUCAUAAUAGAUUGUUUCGUCCCGCGACUAGCCGUAAACAAUGUCUCGUUGCGGGACUAAGCAACUUAUUAUAAUGAGAUAGAUACCAAGCAAAGAUAUCCGUCAUAAAUGUAAUGCAUGCAUGUGUUCAGAUUUAGACACGGUGAUAUUGAAUCAAAUCCCUUGAAACACUCAUGGCAACUGUUAGUUGGAUUCGGUUCUUCCAAGUCACUAAAAGGGGGAAAUAAAUACCUUGCUCCCUAUCAUGCUUUUCUGCUAGAUAGCACUUGGUCCUGUUCUUAGGUGAAAACGUGACAUAAUCCUUCUGCCACAACAAACCAGUUCAAUGUCUUCACAGUCUUAAACAUUUACACAGCAGCGUAUGUACUGUAUGAUGUCCUGUCUUGAGAUUUCCAGUCAGUAGCUUAUCCCAGGGACUGAAACAUGGAGGGACUACCUGAACUGGUCCAAUGAGAAAACAACGUUUUAGUUUUCCAUUGCAAAACGUUUUGCUAUGGUGUGCCCUAAUGAGUACAACCCAGAUGUGUUGUGUCAUGUGUUCCUGUGUGUGUCAUGUGACUUUAGGCUCGGCCAAUGCCUGUGAGAAGACGUCCUUUGUGUUCCUGCGUCAGGAGCUUCCUGUCCGACUGGCCAACAUCAUGAAGGAGAUCGACUUCCUCCCUGACAAGCUUCUCAGCACCCCCUCACUACAGCUGCUACAGAGCUGGUAAAUACAGUAGUAGCCUAUACAUCUCUAUAUCUCAGUGAAUCUGUGCACCCCCUCACCACUGCUGCGGCCAUGAGCGGCUACAUCACCUAUUAUGAACCUUGACCCUACAUCUUACUGAAUCUUGUCUAAUCCCCUUCCAGGCUGCAGACAGGCACACCUCACCUACACAAGCUGCAUGUAGUCUGCAGGAGUGGGAGUGUGGAAUAGCUACAUAGUAUAUCUCACUGUCCAAUCCCCUUCCAGGCUGCAGAAAGUCCUUUAUUUCACUGUGUAGCUUUGUGUGAGUGUGGAAUAUUUCGCUUAGAAGUUACCUUACCACUGAUACAGUGUCACGGCACGGGUCAGAUAUUUUAGCAUCCCUUGAAUGGACUAGGAGUAUAAUAACUUGGUUCCUGGAAGGGCAUCUUCUAGCAAGAGUGUAAAUAUUAUUGACCUCCUUGACCCCUCCUUAUAUUUUACUGAAUGCUGUGUGCUCCUCCUACAGACAGCUGACCAUACUGGAGUUGUAUUUCAAUGCAGCUGACACCCCCCCCCCCCUACCUACUGUAAACACUACACUGCUUCAUGCAUUCGGUAGGACCGUUUGUAUAGAAUGUGGAGAAUUGGAUCACUCCCAGAAUAUAUCUUUCCCCUUACAGUUAUUCCAUCGUAUUUCUUUAUUUUACCUUUAUUUUACCAGGCAAGUCAAUUAAGAACACAUUCUGAUUUACAAUGACCGCCUGGCAAGAGGUAAAAGGCCUCCUGUUGGGAUGGGGGCUGGGAUAAAAAAACAAAAAAAACAAUUAAGACAAAACGGACAACACAGACAGAAGACACUGACAACAGCACUACUCAAAAAAAUAAAGGGAACACUAAAAUAACACAUCCUAGAUCUGAAUGAAUGAAAUAAUCUUAUUAAAUACUUUUUUCUUUACAUAGUUGAAUGUGCUGACAACAAAGUCACACAACAAUUAUCAAUGGAAAUCAAAUUUAUCAACCCAUGGAGGUCUGGAUUUGCAGUCACCCUCAAAAUUAAAGUGGAAAACCACACUACAGGCUGAUCCAACUUUGAUGUAAUGUCCUUAAAACAAGUCAAAAUGAGGCUCAGUAGUGUGUGUGGCGUGAGAGAACUUGGGAAGGUUGAACACCAGACGGGCUGCGGCAUUCUGGAUGAGUUGUAGGGGUUUAAUGGCACAGGCAGGGAGCCCAGCCAACAGCGAGUUGCAGUAAUCCAGACGGGAGAUGACAAGUGCCUGGAUUAGGACCUGUGCCGCUUCCUGUGUAAGGCAGGGUCGUACUCUCCGAAUGUUGUAGAGCACGAACCUACAGGAUCGGGUCACCACCUUGAUGUUAGCGGAGAACGACAGGGUGUUGUCCAGGGUCACGCCAAGGCUCUUUGCACUCUGUGAGGAGGACACAACGGAGUUGUCAACCGUGAUGGCGAGAUCAUGGAACGGGCAGUCGUUCCCCGGGAGGAAGAGCAGCUCCGUCUUGCCGAGGUUCAGCUUGAGGUGGUGAUCCGUCAUCCACACUGAUAUGUCUGCCAGACAUGCAGAGAUGCGAUUCGCCACCUGGUUAUCAGAAGGGGGAAAGGAGAAGAUUAGUUGUGUGUCGUCUGCGUAGCAAUGAUAGGAGAGGCCAUGUGAGGAUAUGACAGAGCCAAGUGACUUGGAGGUGAGCCGCAGGCUAGCAAUUGUUGUGAUAUGGUGUUGACGUUGACUGUUGUUUGUCUUGCCAAUGGAAAUGGGCCACUCUGUUGAAAUAUUGGGGUCAAUUCCACUUCAAUUCAGACAGUACACUGAAAUUCCAAUUCUCUUAAAUGCUUUUCAAUGGGGAAAAAUUGGAAUUUGGUUUACUUUCUGAACUGACUGGAAUUGAAAUGGAAUUGACCCCAACCCUGUCAGCUAGCUAGACUCCUUUCACCUCACCUCACCUCACCUCACCUCGGUUGAUAAUGGUUAUUGAACUAGAACGUUGCUCUCGGCUAUAGUCUGAAACAUGUAUGAUCAAACCCAUCAAUCAAAUGUAUUUUAUAAAGCCAGUUGUAAAAAUGUCUUAUCUUGAAGAGCCAUAUACUGUAGGUGAUAUUGCCUAUUCCUACAGAGCCAAUAGGAUGUUAUUAUCCUGCCGACCAUAACAGUGCAUAGACUAUCUUACUGAACUACUCUGCCCAAGUGAGAGGUAUGGGUGUAUGGCCUGCAGCCUACACGGCAGGGUGCCAGCUGUCUCCGUCUCAUAUCUCUGUCUGUCAGGUAGGUUGCACAGGUGUACACAGACACAUGCAUGCAUGCAUACACACGAUAACAAACGCACUAUACACACACGUGCACAUGUAUUUUGGUUGUAGAUUACAGUAGGGGCCUGAGGGCACACACUUAAUGUGUUGUGAAUGUAUUGUAAUGUUUUUAAAAUAGUAUAACUGACUUAAUUUUGCUUGACCCCAGGAAGAGUAGCUGCUGCCUUGGCAGGAACUAAUGGGGAUCCACAAUAAAUACAAAUACAGGGACAAUGUGAGCUGGAAUAUCAUGUAUCAUCACAGUGGAACAGGGGGCCAUGCAUGACGUGUGAGACAGGGUCGUCAGAAGUGUAGCCUAGAAAAAUGGCGGACUACAAUGUGCAUCAAGUCUUUAUUAGUAAGUGACAGUCAGAGAUAUGUCAUGUAGUUAAAAUGUGUACUUGCAAAUAUGUUCUCUUAUUGAAACAUUGAAACGGAAUACUUUCCCCCCAAAAAAAUGGAGUUGAUUGCUGAGUGCUAGGCCUGUGAUAGGUUACUUCACCACUUUCAAGGAAUUGUUUAGGUUAUCUCCUAGUUAGGGAAAACCAUCAGCUAACUACAGUGGAAUGUCAGGGAAAGUACAGCACAGUUGAACCUCUGAACUAGGGCAAUAACGUAGUGUCUCUGUGAUAGGUGACCAGUACAGAACCCUAUGUUCCAGCUGUAUUGGUAAUGGUACGGCAGAUAUAUAUUUAUAAACUUGGUCUAAAGUUAGCUUUCCGCGUCAUCGCUACUCUAUUAGGGGCUAUUUUCCCUAUCUGCUUUAGGCCGUGGGUUUUUCCAUCGACAAUAUUGAUUUGGCACCAUUUAUUUGACUUGGCUAGUGGUGACGUAGAGUUAUCGGCAACAACAAAUAUUACAGUUAAACUUUGUAAUUCAAGCUAGUUAGCCUAGUUGUAUCUGUUAUGUAGUCUAUGCAGCAGCUGUGUUCGUAGAGUGGGAGAGUUCAAGGUCAGUUGGUGGACAAAGAGGGUUUUAAAACAGUCAGCCACUCUGAUCUCUCACCUAGCUUCCUGACUCAAUCUGCAAGUCACUGAAGUCAGUACAAUUUAGCCUGAGCCUCUUAACUAGGCCUUAAUAGUGACUCCUCUGAACAAACUAGGAGGCUAAUAAGUAAGUUACUGAAAUGCUUACUGUGUUAACUUAUAAGGCCUACUUCCACUAGGUCUGAAGUAUUUAGUGUGUGCUGUACAGCGAGAAUAUUCAAGUUUUGAGAGGAUGAAAAUGGUGAGGAAUGUUUCAACAUCGGAGGGAACAUAACUGCCCAAAUGACACACUAUUCCCUAUUUAUAAUGGCACCCUAUUCCCCGGGGCCCAUUGGGCUCUUGUCAAAAGUAGUGCACUAUAUAGGGAAUAGGGUGCCAUUUGGGAUGCAUACUAGGCCUCUCUCCAGCCACAAGUAGCCCUAGUUAUUGUAGCAUGUAUAAAUACCCCCAUGUGGUUUUCAUGGUCACCACAAGAAUCAGAGUCCGUUCCAAAAUAGAAUUCUGAGAUUUUUAACAGUGGAACUCCAGGAGUCAAACAGUCAAAAGUGAUUUGCUAAAGGAAAGAAGUGAUCUUUGACCUGGUUUCUGUCUUCUAUUGGCCACACCCUCAGUACAGGGACGAAUUCAACGCAGACCUUUCUUUAGUUCAGUUCCACAGUGAAAUAAACUUGAAAGGUUUAAUGAAGCACUCAUAAACCCUUUAUUAUGCCUAUGUAGAUACUUCAUAAAUCAUAAACAAAUGUCGUGCUACACUCCCAAGCGCCUUGCUUAUAAAUACUCUAUAUAUGCUUUAAAAAUACUCUUUAUGAAUGCUCUAUAAAGCCUUUAAGAAUACUCUUUAUGAAUGCUCUAUAAAGCCUUUAUAAAUGUAGUUUAGUUUAAAGUAGCAGCAUUGUUUCCCUGUGUAAACUAGCCUUUCUUCUAUUAUAUAUUCCUACAGGUAUGCAACAAGUCUGAUGGAGCUUGUGGGCUUCCUGGAAAAAGAUUCUGAUGAUAAAAAGAUCCUGAAGAAGUAAGUCAAUUACACACAGUCACAUCCAGCAGAUAGGCCUACAUCUCAUUAGAUGGACUGUCCAAAGUGAGUCAUAGUUAAUGCAGGUAAGGAAAUCUAUAAUUUUUCUCAUCUCUGCCUAUUAAUAGUUACCUCUUAUAACGGAAUAAUAGAUGAUGGUUUUAAUCUGGAAUGGGAUAUGAUGAAUAAACACUUCCACCCUACCUCUGCUGCUGCUGGAUUAGAUCAAUACUAUUUUGAGCUGGUAGCAACCUUGCAGAUGUUAGUGAGUGAAUGACUGAAUGAAUGAAUGACUAUAGCUACUUUAUUUAUACCCAGAGGGAAAAUUAGGAAUGCAGACUGUUAGAAUAGAAUGUGCAGAUUUGUGAACUUUCGACCCAUCCUUUGCCCUUUCUCCCCUCAGGUUCACUGAGACGCUGGUGAACAUCAGGAACCGCCACAACAACGUGGUGCCGACCAUGGCCCAGGGCGUAGUGGAGUACAAGGAGGCUUUCGGCUCCGACCCUGUGACCAAUCAGAACAUCCAAUACUUCCUGGAUCGCUUCUACAUGAGCCGCAUCUCCACCCGCAUGCUCAUGAACCAGCACUGUCAGUAACUAUACUAAAUAUACAGUGGUGUGAAAAAGUGUUUGCCCCCUUCCUGAUUUGUUAUUUGUUUGUCACACUUAAAUGUUUCAGAUCAUCAAACACAUUUCAAUAUUAGUCAAAGAUAACACAAGUAAACACAAAAUGCAGUUUUGAAAUGAAGGUUGUUAUUAUUAAGGGAAAACAAAAUCCAAACCUACAUGGCCCUGUGUGAAAAAGUGUUUGCCCCCCUGUUAUAACACAACUCAACUGUGGUUUAUCACACCUGAGUUCAAUUCCUCUAGCCACACCCAGGCCUGAUUACUGCCACACCUGUUCUCAAUCAAGGAAUCACUUAAAUAGGACCUGCCUGACAAAGUGAAGUAGACCAAAAGAUCAUCAAAAGCUAGACAUCAUGCCGAGAUCCAAAGAAAUUCAGGAACAAAUGAGAAAGAAACUAAUUGAGAUCCAUCAGUCUGGAAAAGGUUCUAAAGCCAUUUCUAAAGCUUUGGGACUCCAGCGAACCACAGUGAGCCAUUAUCCACAAAUGGCGAAAACAUGGAACCGUGGUGAACCUUCCCAGAAGUGGCCGGCCGACCAAAAUUACCCCAAGAGCGCAGCGACGACUCAUCCAAGAGGUCACAAAAGACCCCACAACAACAUCCAAAGAGCUGCAGGCCUCACUUGCCUCAGUUAAGGUCAGUGUUCAUGACUCCACCAUAAGAAAGAGACUGGGCAAAAAUGGCCUGCAUGGCAGAGUUCCAAGACGAAAACCACUGCUGAGCAAAAAGAACAUUAAGGCGUGUCUCAUUUUUGCCAGAAAACAUCUUGAUGAUCCCCAAGACCUUUGGGAAAAUACUCUGUGGACUGACGAAACAAAAGUUGAACUUUUUGGAAGGUGUGUGUCCCAUUACAUCUGGUGUAAAAGUAACACCGCAUUUCAGAAAAAGAACAUCAUACCAACAGUAAAAUAUGGUGGUGGUAGUGUGAUGGUCUGGGCCUGUUUUGCUGUUUCAGGACCUGGAAGACUUGCUGUGAUAAAUGGAACCAUGAAUUCUGCUGUCUACCAAAAAAUCCUGAAGGAGAAUGUCCGGCCAUCUGUUCAUGACCUCAAGCUGAAGCGAACUUGGGUUCUGCAGCAGGACAAUGAUCCAAAACACCUCUGAAUGGCUGAAGAAAAACAAAAUGAAGACUUUGGAGUGGCCUAGUCAAAGUCCUGACCUGAAUCCUAUUUGAGAUGCUGUGGCAUGACCUUAAAAAGGCAGUUCAUGCUCGAAGACCCUCCAAUGUGGCUGAAUUACAACAAUUCUGCAAAGAUGAGUGGGCCAACAUUCCUCCACAGCGCUGUAAAAGACUUGCAAGUUAUCGCAAACGCUUGAUUGCAGUUGUUGCUGCUAAGGGUGGCCCAACCAGUUAUUAGGUUGUAGGGGGCAAUCACUUUUUCACACAGGGCCAUGUGGGUUUGGAUUUUGUUUUCCCUUAAUAAUAACAACCUUCAUUUAAAAACUGCAUUUUGUGUUUACUUGUGUUAUCUUUGACUAAUAUUUAAAUUUGUUUGAUCUGAAACAUUUAAGUGUGACAAACAAAUAAGAAAUCAGGAAGGGGGCAAACACUUUUUCACACCACUGUAUACUAUACUACAUGUGGUCCUCUGUAGCUCAGCUGGUAGAGCACGGCGCUUGUAACGCCAAGGUAGUGGGUUCGAUCCCCGGGACCACCCAUACACAAAAAAAAUGUACAGUGGGGAAAAAAAGUAUUUAGUCAGCCACCAAUUGUGCAAGUUCUCCCACUUAAAAAGAUGAGAGAGGCCAGUAAUUUUCAUCAUAGGUACACGUCAACUAUGACAGACAAAUUGAGAAAAAAAAUCCAGAACAUCACAUUGUAGGAUUUUUAAUGAAUUUAUUUGCAAAUUAUGGUGGAAAAUAAGUAUUUGGUCACCUACAAACAAGCAAGAUUUCUGGCUCUCACAGACCUGUAACUUCUUCUUUAAGAGGCUCCUCUGUCCUCCACUCGUUACCUGUAUUAAUGGCACCUGUUUGAACUUGUUAUCAGUAUAAAAGACACCUGUCCACAACCUCAAACAGUCACACUCCAAACUCCACUAUGGCCAAGACCAAAGAGCUGUCAAAGGACACCAGAAACAAAAUUGUAGACCUGCACUAGGCUGGGAAGACUGAAUCUGCAAUAGGUAAGCAGCUUGGUUUGAAGAAAUCAACUGUGGGAGCAAUUAUUAGGAAAUGGAAGACAUACAAGACCACUGAUAAUCUCCCUCGAUCUGGGGCUCCACGCAAGAUCUCACCCCGUGGGGUCAAAAUUAUCACAAGAACGGUGAGCAAAAAUCCCAGAAAAACACGGGGGGACCUAGUGAAUGACCUGCAGAGAGCUGGGACCAAAGUAACAAAGCCUACCAUCAGUAACACACUACGCCGCCAGGGACUCAAAUCCUGCAGUGCCAGACGUGUCCCCCUGCUUAAGCCAGUACAUGUCCAGGCCCGUCUGAAGUUUGCUAGAGUGCAUUUGGAUGAUCCAGAAGAGGAUUGGGAGAAUGUCAUAUGGUCAGAUGAAACCAAAAUAUAACUUUUUGGUAAAAACUCAACUCGUUGUGUUUGGAGGACAAUGAAUGCUGAGUUGCAUCCAAAGAACACCAUACCUACUGUGAAGCAUGGGGGUGGAAACAUCAUGCUUUGGGGCUGUUUUUCUGCAAAGGGACCAGGACGACUGAUCCGUGUAAAGGAAAGAAUGAAUGGGGCCAUGUAUCGUGAGAUUUUGAGUGAAAACCUCCUUCCAUCAGCAAGGGCAUUGAAGAUGAAACGUGGCUGGGUCUUUCAGCAUGACAAUGAUCCCAAACACACCGCCCGGGCAACGAAGGAGUGGCUUCGUAAGAAGCAUUUCAAGGUCCUGGAGUGGCCUAGCCAGUCUCCAGAUCUCAACCCCAUAGAAAAUCUUUGGAGGGAGUUGAAAGUCCGUGUUGCCCAGUGACAGCCCCAAAACAUCACUGCUCUAGAGGAGAUCUGCAUGGAGGAAUGGGCCAAAAUACCAGCAACAGUGUGUAAAAACCUUGUGAAGACUUACAGAAAACGUUUGACCUGUGUCAUUGCCAACAAAGGGUAUAUAACAAAGUAUUGAGAAACUUUUGUUAUUGACCAAAUACUUAUUUUCCACCAUAAUUAGCAAAUAAAUUCAUUAAAAAUCCUACAAUGUGAUUUUCUGGAGAAAAAAAAUCUCAUUUUGUCUGUCAUAUUUGACGUGUACCUAUGAUGAAAAUUACAGGCCUCUCUCAUCUUUUUAAGUGGGAGAACUUGCACAAUUGGUGGCUGACUAAAUACUUUUUUUCCCCACUGUAUGCACGCAUGACUGUAAGUCACUUUGGAUAAAAGCGUCUGCUAAAUGGCAUAUUAUUAUUAUUAUUAUUAUUAUUAUUAUCUCCAUGCGCAAUAGCCACAGUAGGGCUGCGUACACAAAAUACAUACAGCAUGCCUAAAAUGUAGACGUUUGUAUUUCACAUACUCAAAAGUACUUUUGUGACGUGUGUUUGAAUCGGCAUGCAAGUGUAUUUACCACAUGAGUCUGAAUUUGUUGUUGUCAUGUACCUCUUCAGCUCUCAUCUUUGAUGGAAGUGCCAACCCCGCCCAUCCCAAGCACAUUGGCACCAUCGACCCCGACUGUGAUGUGACAGAGGUGGUAAAAGGUACUGUCCCUCCUCAGCCACACACACACACACACACGUACGAUUUACAUGCCUUUUAAAUACAGAGGCAGACUGUUUUAGUUGAUCUUCUACUCUUUGUAGCUGUUAUGGUGACCAGAUUGAAAGCCUUUGUGGUCAUUAGCUGUUAUGGUGACUAGAUUGAAAGUCUUUGUGGUCAUUAGCUGUUAUGGUGACUAGAUUGAAAGUCAGUGUUUUCCUCCUGUGCUACAGUCCUUAUCAUUGUUUAUACUGUUUCUUCCCCAGAUGCCUUCGAUAGUUCCAAGAUGCUCUGUGAGCAGUACUACCUGACCUCGCCAGAGAUUGACAUCACACAAGUCAAUGGUAAAUCGCAUUCUAUACAGGGUUACAGACCUGGGUUCAGGAAGGUAUUUGUUUUCCUUCAAAUACUUAUGCUGCGCUUGGUUGAGCUUGCCUGGCUCAAUUGACCCAAUAGAAUAGUCCCAGAAGUGCAGCCUGGCCCAACUGGCACUGUUGAUGGGCUCAAUUAAACGCUCAAAGUAUUUGAAAGAUUUCAAAUACUAUUUGGAGCCAAGUCUGUUUAAUACAACAUUAUGCAGUCACAUGCUUUAGUGUGCCAAGGGAAGGGAGAAGGGCCAGAGUAGCUUGAAGCCAUUUCUGGUUCUCCUAUUUCCAAAUAGUACAAUUUGGUUAACAAGUGAGUUUUAGGCCGGGGGUUGUUAGAGAAGAUUAGGUUUACAGAAAGGAUUUGUGAAGUUGUAUUUAUAUUUUGAGUUGUUGGAUGUUUGGCCAGGUUUGAGUUGAGUUUAUUUAUCUGCUCGUGGGUUGAAUAUUCUUGAUCUCGCAUUCAAUUCCUCUUUGUCUACUCAAUUCGGGGCACAAUUUGCAAAGUGCGUGUGUGUGUGGUGAGUGGUGUUCAGAUAUAUUUAGCUGAACCAUUUAUAGCAAUUAACUCUGUUGCUUUAGUUGAACAGCAUGUGCCUGCUUACUCUCAUCUAGGGCUGUCAGGAGUGAGACUGUGUUUUCUGCAUCUGAGGCACACAGACUUUGAACCACAGGCAGCCAUGUCUACAGAGAACCAUUCUUUCAUACAUCUCACUUACACAGAAGUGAAUAAAUAUUGAGUUUAUACCCGUGUAUCGCCCUGUGUAGAAAAACGGUUUACUUUACUGUGUAUGUGUAGGUUAUACACUGAGUGUACAAAACAUUUGCAACAGCUUCCUAUUAUUGAGUUGAGUAUUGAGUUCUAUUAUUGAGUUGCAUCCCCUUUUUUCAAACUGAUGAGUGUGAAAAACCCAGCAGCGGUGCGCCUGGCACCUACUACCAUACCCUGUUCAAAGGCACUUCAAUCUUUUGUCUUGCCCAUUCACCCUCUGAAUGGCACACACACAAUCCAUGUCUCAAGUCUUAAAAAUCCUUCUUUAACCUGUCUACUUCUUUAACCUGUCUCCUCCCCUUCAUCUACACUGAUUGAAGUGAAGUGGAUUUAACAAGUGACAUCAAUAAGGGAUCAUAGCUUUCACCUGGAUUUACCUGGUCAGUCUAUGUCAUGGAAAAAGCAGGUGUUUCUAAUGUUUUGUACACUCAGUGUAUGUGUCGUAUGAACAGGAUAAUAGACAAUAGCACCACUUGAAAGGUCUAACCAUGACUUUGAUAAAUAUUUUAUUGUAGGUAUUGAGGGAAAAGACUCAUGCACCAUUUUGCAAAUGAUAAUCGUUGCUAAAACUAGAUCAAAUCCAGACAUCAUUUGGUGCCCAAACGUUCAAAACACGCCAUCCAUAAAAUAGCAAUGGGCUGCACAGUCUAGCCUACGUCUAAUACAUUACAGUGGGGGUGUGGACAGUCACAUAAGUCAUAAUGAUGAAUCAAAACUUAUGUCAUAGUUUGCCUUUGGUCAUUGUGCACCAAAUCAAGCACCCAUCAGUCUUUUAUCUCUCUCCAGUCAGCAGCAGUGGAACAGAACAGCAACAAGCCCCUUGGUACAGGCUUAGUCUUGUCGCCGGGCAGAUUUCUCUCUCUCAGUGAACUGUCCAAGUCUAACUCUCAAUAACAAACCUCCAUUCACCCCCGUUCAGCUGUUUAACAGUCACCACGUUUACCCCCGUUCAGCUGUUUAACAGUCACCACGUUCACCCCCGUUCAGCUGUUUAACAGUCACCACGUUUACCCCCGUUCAGCUGUUUAACAGUCACCACAUUCACCACAUUCACCCCCGUUCAGCUGUUUAACAGUCACCACGUUCACCCCCGUUCAGCUGUUUUAACAGUCACCACGUUACAUAAGCCUUAACAAAGCAAAACAAUGUCUAUUCAUGGUGUUUGGUUGGUAGCAAUUUCAUCCCCAGGCUAUCAGAAGUGUCUGGGAACGUGAUUAAGUUGGUAGAAUAGUAAAUUAUGUAUUUCAGUGACUAUUUAGUUCAGUUGUGCAUGCUAUGCAUUUGCAAUAAGAAGGGAAAGUUGUUUUUGUUUUCUAGUAACUUCUUCUAUUUCCGGGGUGUAUGUUAAAUAUUUGCAAGUCAUGUUUGGUUUGGAGUCAUUUGGAGUGAUCCUCAGUUGUUCCUCAGCCAAAGGUCCUGACCAGCCUCUUCGUAUUGUCUAUGUGCCCUCCCAUCUCUACCACAUGCUGUUUGAGCUCUUCAAGGUACACCACCAAACUUUUACCUUCUUCUACUGUAUAAACAUUUAAUUACACGUGUGAGGGAGCCUACAGCAGACUGUUCUACAUCAGUUUUAAUUAUAUUAGCUCACUUUGAUUUAUAUGACUUAGUCAUUUCCUCAAGCAAUGUUUGUUUUGUUUCCAGAACGCCAUGAGAGCAACAGUGGAGACUCAUGAAAUGGCCCUGCAUCUCCCGCCGGUCAAAGUCCGAGUCUCACUGGGCAGUGAAGACCUGACAAUCAAGGUAAACACAGGCUGAGAGUAUCCACCUUUACAAUGAAUGAAAUGCAUUGUGCUCAUUGCAGUACAUUCUUAUGACUUUUUUUAAUUUAUUAGAAGUUUAAUAGUCACAUGUACAGGGUUGCAGGUGUAAUUAGAGGGUACAGUGAAAAGCUUAAACUGUGAGCUCCAACAAUAUACAUUUGUUCAAAAGUAGUGUAUGCCCAUCCAAUACACUUCCACAGAUGCAGGGUGUAAAUAAUGCCAUGGGAUGUAGAAGCCUACUUUAUACAGUUUUUAAUGUGUGUAUUUUGUAUAUGAAUACAUAGUACUAUAGAUUUCUUCCCAUGGUUGUUCUGUAGGUCCUAUAUGAUGAUAUUUAGGAGACAACAGGAAGAUCAUCAGAUAGACUGGAACCGAGAAUGGAUCAGACCUUCUGUAACGUUGUUGUUUAUAGAUAUCAGAUCGAGGAGGCGGAGUCCCCCUGAGGAAGAUAGAGCGUCUGUUCAGCUACAUGUACUCCACCGCCCCCAGCCCUGUCGAUAUUGACAACUCACGCAACGCUCCACUGGUGAGACCCUGUCCUGGUGGCACUGAACAUUCAAUAUUUUACUGGCAGUCAGGUUUAAAUAAAUCAGGUUUAAUACAUUUGACCACAACAUUCUGUAGGACAUGAUCUAUGACUGCAGUUUGGCCAUAUGUUAGAGGCAUGCAAGCCUGUUUUAUUUUAUUUAAACUCAAAUGUGAUCCUUUUAUACUGACUAAAGUGUAAACUGUGAGCGAACAGAAGUGAACACGGUUGUAAAUUAGCAGAAUUACAAACUGGACUGGACCGGUCAUUCGUUGCCCAGGGUUUAAAGUGUAACUGUGAAUGCUUUUCUACUACAGAACUGUGACACUGUUUGUGUCCCUGGCUCUGGUUCUCUGUAGGCUGGUUUCGGCUACGGUCUCCCCAUCUCCCGUCUCUAUGCCAAGUACUUCCAGGGAGACCUGCAGCUUUACUCCAUGGAGGGAUAUGGGACGUCAGCUGUCAUCUACCUGAAGGUAACACUUCUUCGGAUGGAAUGUGUUAGUUCAACAGUUGUCUUGUUCUAGAUAAUUUAGCCUCUAAAACAGGGUUCCCCAAUUUUGGCCCUCAAUUUUUAUUUAUUUUUGCUCAGAAAACCUGAUUUUAAUUUUUUAAAACUUUUACAACACCAGUUAUUUUAAUUUUGGAAAUCUGUUCCCAAGUAUUCCCAAGCAUAAUCGAGAGACACAUGAUCGUAUACAAAUGUAAGCAAGGUUUGAAAUGAUCAUGUUUUUGUCAAAUAUAUCUGUUUGGGCUUCUUGCGGUCAAAUUGAGUCUACAAAUGAUUUGUAAUUAUGUUCCGACCAUCUAGUUGAUGAUCCCUGCUCUAUACAACAUUGAAAUAAGUAUGUAAAGGUUAAUUCUCAAUAUUGGUUCAUGUGCUACAGUAUGUCUCAGUUAUAACUUAAGAUCAGAUUUCACUCUUUCCUAUUCAUUCAUAACAUACCGUUAUGUUAAAACAAGGUUACCUAAUACACAAUGCUCAUGUAAUUCCAUUACCCACUUAGAUAACAUCCAUCUGAUACAUCUGAAUGUGGCUCAUGAUGGAAGACUCAUCAUGUGACCAGCAUGUGAUAGAAAUAGAGCCUUAUAAAACCUUGUUCUGGGUUAACCGAGAUUACAUAUAAUUUACCACUCCACUCUGUGCUCCAUUAACAGGCCUUGUCCUCAGAGUCUGUGGAAAGACUUCCUGUUUACAACCAGUCAGCCAUAAGGCAUUACCAGACGAGCAACGAGGCGGAUGACUGGUGCAUGCCCAGCAAGGAUCCCAAGAAGCUGGGGACGUAUGAGAGGAGACGUUAAUAGGGGUGUAACGGUACACGUAUUCGUACCGACCCGUUCGGUAGGGGGCCUUGGUUCAGUCUGCACUCUGAACCCGAAUUAAUACAAAAAAUAAUCAUAUAUCCAAAAUUAAAACACUAGGCCUAUAGGCUCUGCCUACGCUGCGUUGUAGGCCAGUGCCUCUUGAGGAAAUCUGAGCUGAAUUUUAGUUUUUCGGGCUAUUCUGUUUAAACGUUGCACGUUGUAAUCUAAAUUCAAAUCUUAACUGGCGCAUUUCAAACUGUCCUUUUGUGAGACGCAGCCAGGAACUAGUUCUGUACGAUGGCGAGUGGCGGUGUCGAUAAACCAGAAUUGGAGGGUCCUCCAUCAUCGUUUAAAUCUCCAGUUUGGGAACAUUUUGGCUUCCCAAUAGAUCACAAUGGCGAUGGACAGAGAGUUGUGGAUAAAACGUUAACAAUAUGUCGCCAUGCUCAACGAGAAUAGCCUAUCCAGCUGCCAACACCUCAUAUGUUGACACAUUUACUCCAACAUUACCCCAGUAUACCGGAACCAGACAGAAACGCAAAGAAACAACCCAAAAUCACCUCCCCUCUGCAUUCAAGCAGCCCUUGGCAACUGGUUCUGACCGGGCCAAAAAUUACAAGAGCGAUAGGUAAGCUAUGUUUAUAUUUUUUACAGUCUUUGGUUUAAAGCCGCGCCCGUUCCCAGUGGUUGAGAAUAGGGGGUUUCAGCACCUCGUAAAAGUGCUCGAUGCCACGUUAUGAACUUCCCUCUUGCACCCAUUUCAGCAAACAGGUAGUACCUGCUCUAUAUAAGCAAGCCAAAGCCAAAGUUUUCUAUGAAUUGGCCAAUGCACCCUGUGUUGCACUUACUUAAGUGACAGCCCAUCACAUUACCCUGGAGUGGGAGAUGUACCGUGCUACAGACACGCCCCCUUUAUGAGAAUCACAAGUGUGCAUCUGGCACUAAAUGUACGACUUCACAACUGGUAAAUUCCCACCUCCCACGUGGUUACAAACGCAGCAUCAGUGUGGAAACGUGAGAGGCCCGACAUAACAAUCCUGUCACAACAGACCAUGCCAGGAACGUUGUGAAUGCUGAACAUUUAUUGAUGGCAUUGAAUUUUCCUGCCGUGACCCCCAAAAAACGCAAUACGUACCGAACCGUGGAUUUGGUGAACCGUUACACCCCUAGAAGUUAACCAAACAGACUGAGAUAGCAAUGAAGAACAAAGGAUGAAGAAAGAAGAGUGGGGAUGGGAUGAUGAUUCAUAAUCACAAACUGACAAAGGUACCCUGUUGUACCAACAGCUAUGACCGUGUGUGUGUGUGUGUGUGU